AGACUCUCUCUCCCCAGGCAUUCAAUUUGUUUGGUUUGGAUGAUAUCGAAACUUACGAUUUGGUUUGAUCGUGACUGGAAGAAGAUUGAAGAUUUUGUUGAAGAUCAUCUUGCAGUGAUUACCACUGAUCACUUCAUGGACCGUAUGGCUGCUAUUCAUGUUGAAGCGUAUUGCGGAAGAUCCUGAAGACCACUGCUGAUGACUUUUAUGUGCCAAAGGAAUGUGCUUCUUUCUUUUACUUCUAUCUCUUGUUUCAAAAGUUGAGCAUAAGUACUACUCAAGUCUCACUUAAGAUUCUAUCAUUGGAUAAAAACUCUUGCA